UGUUCUCAAUCUCAUCUCCAUUGCUCUCUGGCGCCGUUUCUCUUCAUCUUUAUCUUUUUUUUUGCGAUUUUGUAGACAUUUUUGAAGAUUUUCCUCCAUUACUGUAACCUGCUACAGCCUGUGAUCUUUCCGUAUCGAACAUUUUUGUUGUUCGUUACGCGUUUAUCAUCAUCGGCGAUCGUUUUCUUCUUUUCUUCGGAUGUUGCAGAGAGCUGCUAGUAAUGCGUAUUCAUGGUGGUGGGCUAGUCACGUCAGGACGAAGCAAUCAAAAUGGCUCGAACAGAACCUCCACGACAUGGAGGAGAAGGUUGAUAACAUGAUGAGAAUCAUUGAAGGCGAUGGGGAUUCAUUUGCAGAGAGAGCUGAAAUGUAUUAUAAGAAGAGACCUGAACUUGUAGAGCAUGUAGAAGAUUCUUUCCGGUCAUACCGAGCUUUAGCAGAGAAAUAUGAUCACCUAUCGAAAGAGUUUCAAGGCGCAAAUCGGACAAUAGCUUCGAUCUAUCCUGAACGAGUUCAUUACACGAUUGAUGACGACGACUGUGAAGCUAAUUUUUUCCCUCGAGAAUCUGUUUCAACCGAAAGUCCUCACCAGUUUUCAAAUGAAUUGGAUGGCGGCUCACCAAAACUAGGAAUCCCAGAAGUUCCGAAGCUUCCUAAGAAGUGUUUUAGAAGUCCUUCCAUGAUAAAAAACUCAAAACUCAAGAGAAAUACUAGCACUCCUAGAAGUAGAGCUGCUUCAACUCCAAAAUCAGGGCUGAACAAAACAGAAGCCUUAAAAGAGAUCGAUAUACUACAAAAAGAAAUUCUAGCCCGACAGACCGAAAUGGAAUUCGUGAAGAGCUUAUACGAACGCGAGUGCGAGAAAUAUUGGGACAUUGAAGAAAGUAUCACAAAUAUGCAAAAAAGAGUCAGCAACUUACAGGAUGAGUUUGGCAUUGGCACUAUCAUUGACAAUGACGAAGCUCGAACGUUAAUGACGACAACGGCUUUAAAAUCCUGUCGAGAAACUCUGGCCAAGUUGCAAGAGGAACAAGAGAAAACAGUUAAAGAAACAAGACUAAAGAACAGUAAAAUCAAGGAAGUUUGUGCGAGGUUUGAGAGCCUCAAAUGCAAGCUCCUUCCAUCACCAACCGAUCAUUAUGAAUCGAGUGAUUUACAAGAGGAUUCAAGCAUUGAAUCAGAAUCAAAAAUCUCAGACAAACUGGUUGCUUGCACGGCAGAAAACAAACAUGAUAUAGAGCUACUUGGUCAGAAGAUUAGGGAGCAGCUGGAAAUGGAUUCAAACAGCUCAUUCACCAUUUCUGAGUUGGCUGAGAAAAUUGACGAACUUGUAAAUAAAAUUGUGACAAUUGAAGCUGCAGUUUCUUCUCAAACAUCUCUCGUAAGCCGACUAAAAUCCGAAACGGAUAUGCUGGAAGCAAAAGUCCAGCAAUUGGAAGAAGACAAGGAGAUUCUUGUGGAGGGUUCAGAGAACAUGAAGAAGAAGAUAAAGGAAUUGGAGGAUGAACUAGCCGGAGUGAAAAAUCUAAACCAGAAUGCAGAAAUACAAAACAACAGCCUUCAAACCCAUUUCACUGAAGCAAGUUGUAAUCUUGAUCACUUAUCUGAUAAGUUGCAGACCAUGAAGAUGGAUGAUGUUGAAACUUGUGACUUCUUACAAGAUGUGAUGAUGGUCGAUCCCGAUGUGGAAACAACAACAUCGUCAACAAAUUUAGGAUUGGAGAGGAGGGAAGUAGAAACUUCGAAGCUCGGUGAUGAGGAACAGAAACAAUCGGUUCCAGAAGAGAGACCGCGGCUCCUUGAUUUGGAGGAAAAUGGAUUGCAGGAGGAAGAAAAGCAGCGUCCGACCUUGAGGCAGCUGUUCUUAAAGGGAUUAGAAGAUAGAGAGAAUAUUUUACUGGAGGAGUAUACAUCAGUUCUAAGGGACUAUAAGGAUGUAAGAAACAAGUUAAGUGAAGUCGAACAAAAGAACCGCGAUAGCAUCUUUGAAUUGGCAAAGCAGGUUAAAGAACUGAAGAACACUAUUUCGUCUAAAGACGACGUCAUAAAAUCAUUAGUGAAUAAUGUGGAAACAGAUGACGACACUAACACGAUGGAUACGAACCAGGAACAACCCCAAGAUGGCAUUCACGAGGCUCCUAGCUACUUGCAUUCCGAAUCCUCAACUCCAUAUACAGAUCAAGUUUCGACUCCUGAUUCUUAUGUUUGUUCAAGUAAUGAGCCAACAGAAGGAAGCAACAGAUCAUUGAAAAAUGCAAGAAGCUUACAUAAAAAAGAGGAUGUAAACAAAAAGGCAACUGGGGUUAUGUCACCGAUAGAAGAAAGAAUCCGCUCCGAUAUCGAUGAACAACUAGAGAUGAAUCUCGAAUUCUGGCUGAGAUUUAGCACUACAGUCCACCAGAUUCAAAAAUUCCAGACAUCAAUCCAAGAUCUGCAAUCAGAGCUGCAAAAGUUGAGAGAAAACAAGCAAGAAGGAAGCGUUAAACAUCAACAUAUUCAUCAACAUACAACGGAAUCUGAUGCUCGGCCAAUAUACACGCAAUUGAGAGAGAUACAAACCGAAUUAUCGCUUUGGUUGGAACACAGUGCAGUACUGAAAGAUGAAGUAAGCAGUAGAUUUUCAUCCUUAACCAACAUACAAAAUGAAAUAUCAAUAAUCACAGAUGAAGGUUCAGCUGAAGAAAAGACAGAACUGAGUGAUUACCAAUCCGCGAAGUUUCAAGGUGAAGUACUCAACAUGAAGCAGGAAAAUAGGAAGAUAGCCAACGAAUUACAAGCCGGUCAGGUUCGGGUAAAAGCACUACAAGCCCACGUCGAGGAGGCUUUGGAACGACUUGAUCAAGAAUUUGAUAUUUCAGCAGGCAAGAGCAUUCGAUCUCAAUCGAAAUCACUAAUCCGAACACGAAUUCCUUUACAGUCUUUCUUGUUUGGGAUUAAGUUAAAGAAGCAAAAGCCAUCACUCUUCUAAUGUUCAAAUCCACAACUACAGAAACAAUAUAGUGAUCUAGAAGGGCCUCUACCUGAGUGAUGAGAUUUAGAGGG